CUCUGUGCAUUCUGAUGCAGAAAGUAGAGGAUCCUCUCCAACUGAAUCUCUCCAAACAUCUGAAACCACUAUAUCUGAUGUAGGCAAUCUAUUGAGUGGCAAGUCCUCCCCUCGGCUGUCUCCUUCUGGCACCAUUAUGGCAACAAGCGAGACCUCCAAUGCAGCACAAAUCUUGAAGGCCAACAUUGAUGGAGAGGAAGUGGAUACCACCAGUCAUUCUGGUGUAGCUCAAAACAUUGUCAGGGACGAUAUGUCAACCAGCCCAGACAUGGUCAAAGAUGUCACACUUCCAACCCCAUCCUCUGAUAACUUGGGCAGUGAUGAUGACGUCACCGGCCUCAUCAGCAUGUUAGUAAUGAGAAUUCUAACAGAAAUCCAAACCCCAGCAGAAGAUUACCCAGUUGACGCAAGUCACAAGACCUGAUCCCUAAAGUUAUGGAGGUCUUCUGUGCAUGGUCAGGCUGCUCUGAGACACAAGCCUAUCCAGAGAACUUGAGGAUUCAUAAAGUCUACAGAGUCGUCUAUAAAAAUCUGUUGGAGGAGUUUGGCUCGGAGAAAAUCCUCCAACAGGCCGUGUCGACUCAGGACUCUUCAUUUGAUAGGAUUCUUGUCAAGUCUUUGAGUGAAGCGCUUCUCCACAGAUGUAAUGAGGCAUUGAGGGCAGCCUCAAGAACAUCAGUCAAAACCACUGGGCCUAAGGCUCUUCCACUGGCUGAGGAUGUGAGGGCUAGCAGCGGGAAACUAUCUUUUCUACAAAGGCUGGUCAGGCUGACAAGCAACUUAAAGCUAUUCAAGAAGGGGAACAAGAAGGAUUCCCACCGCUCUGAAUCAGAACAAGUACAGACCACUGCUGAAGAUGGCAUGCUGCCCAGCAUAGUGCCACAUGCCGCCAUGUCUGCACUGCCAAAGGAUCUCCCCGCCAGCUCCCAACAGGAGACGCCUCACAAACGUCCACUUCUCGUCAGGAUGUUUUCUGCCAUCUCCAAAGGCCUGUUCAAGCCCUUCAAACAGUCCUUAAAGACCAAGUAACUUCAGACAAUUUAUUAAAUGUCAUUCAUUGC